GCUCCCGCGGCUGUCAUGGCUUUCAUGGACGCUUGUUUCUCUAUUAGCGCUGGGAGCCGAGUGCCUGGAAAACAGCUUGGCUCGCACUCCGCCAAUGGGUUGGAUCACGUGGACCAGAUUCAUGUGCAGCCAGUGCGCACUCGGCCGCUACGAAAACUGCCUCACCCAGAGGCUUAUCACUGAAAUGGCCGACCGCUUAAUGUACGAUGGCUACAAGGCUGCUGGCUACGAGUACGUGAUUAUCGAUGACUGCUGGAGCUUCUAUUACCGCAGCAAAGGGAAGCUGGUUGGAGAUACGCGGCGGUUUCCACGGGGCAUGAAAGCAGUCGCUGAGGAGGUUCACGACAGGGGACUCAAGUUUGGCAUCUACACCGACAUUGGGACAAAGACUUGCGGAGGCUAUCCUGGAAGCUAUGGUUACUACAAAACCGACGCCCAGACUUUCGCUGAUUGGGGAGUGGAUUACGUCAAAGUUGACGGCUGCUCUGCGGAUCCAAAGCAAAUGGAUGAUCUGUACGUGGAAAUGGGUGACGCCCUCCGUUCCAGUGGGAGAGACAUGGUCUAUUCUUGCAAGUGGCCACUGUACCAGCAGAAAGCUGGAAUCACGCCCAACUACAAGAACAUCUCGAAAACGUGCAACCUGUGGCGGAACUACGACGAAGUCGGCUAUUCCUGGGACAGCAUCUACGAUGCUGUCAAGUACGAAGCCGCCAACCAGGAUGUAUUGACGGAAGUGUCAGGGCCUGGAGCCUGGACUGAUCCUGACGCGAUCGUUGCCGGAAAUUAUGGCUUGACCAUCGAGCAGCAGCGCAUCCAAAUGGCUUACUGGGCCAUAAUGGCGGCACCUAUGAUCAUGUCGAACGACCUCCGAAGCAUCAACAGAGAAUCCAAGGAGCUACUUCUCAAUAAAUACAUAAUAGCUGUCAACCAAGAUCCUCUGGGACUGAUGGGGAGGCGCCUCUCAAAGAUAAAUGACACGGAGCUAUGGACCAGGUGGGUUGCUCCCAAGCUUCCCGAUGGUCGUAUGUCCUUGGCCGUCCUUGUGCAUAACGCAAACGUGCUCGGUGGCCCUUCAAGAGUGGUGCUUGGAAUAUCGGACCUAGAUCUGGACAGCCCAGACGGUUAUCAGAUCACCGAUUUGGUUCACAGCAACACAUUUAUAGGAGUCUUCUACCCUGGGCACAGCAUCACCGUGACUGUGCCACCAUCGGAUCUUUUCUUUUUCAAGGCCACUGUCAUCCAAGUAUGAAGAGAAAAAUUAAUGAGGCAUCUGGAAAAGC